CAUAAAAUAAUUAAUGUAUGAAAUAUUGGUAGCCAUAUAUAGAAAGCCUUAGUGGCAAGUCAGAAACAUAUCAUAUCAUAACACAUCACUAAAAAAACAAUGAAAUUUGUGGUGAGUGUUUACCUUAUACUAUGUUUUGCUUCUUCCAUUUUCAUUGUCAUGGCCUUGGUACAAGGAACACAUAAUAUUUUUGGCAGUGAUGAAUAUUAUGUUCGUGUGAUUAAUGGCUUCACAGAUAAUUCCUCAGUUCCUUUGGUCAUUUGGUGUUCAUCAGAGGAAAUGGAUCUUGGUGGUCGAGCUUUGCAAGAACAUGAUGAAUUUAGCUGGACCAUGAGGCCCAAUUUUUGGAGCAGCAACUAUAUGAAGUGUACAAUGAAAUGGGAUAGUAUAAGGAAGAUUUUUGAUGCAUUUGAGGCUUCUAGGGACAUAGAACGUUGUGGCUUACAUAGGUUGUGUUCUUGGAGGGUUACACAAGAUGGGUUUUAUUUUAGUAAUGAUGAAGUGAAUUGGAGAAAAGAUUUCAUAUGGUGAGUGAGUGUGUGAUGCCAAGGUUUUCUCCUAGCUUGGAUUCACCAAACCAUGUUUGCUAGUUUUAGUAAUCUAUUUACAAGAGAUGCAAGGAAGUUUUUUUUUUUUUUUUUUAAUAAGGUCAAGAUAAAGGUUAGGCAUCGGGAGGAGUCUGAAGCAUUCCAACUAGGUUAGCACCUAACAGAAUUAUGCGAGGAAGUAAUUUUGCAUAAUUAUAAGAGAGUAUAUGCUUUGUAAGAUCACAAUAUCCAUCUUUUAUGUGUAGAAUCAUAUAACAUCUUUUAAGGUGUAUUUAGCGAAAACAACUUAAUCAUCAAGUGUUUGGAUAAAUGAGUA